CGCAUCGUCGGACUUGUAUUCAAUAUUCAAUGGAAUUUUUGUUUUCAUUUAAAACUGUUUUAAAUACAUGAAAAAUGGCUGAGAAUGUAGAGCAUUAUCGCAAUCAAAUAGCUUUAGCAAGGACUGAAAUAAAGAAUUUAAGACAGCAACUUUCUUCUCUAAAACACGAGCAUCUUAAGGAGAUUAAAGCGAUUAAAGAGGCUCUAAGCGAAUUGCGAUGUGCCAACUGUGCUGAUUCAGCUACAACGGUUCAGAGAAAUCUCGUAGAGCAGCCAUCUUCUUCGUCAGAAGUAGAUGGUAGCAUUGCAUACCGGGCUAUCGGGGUCAUUGAGACUUCUUUUCAGAACAAGCGGGGGGUGCCGCGGCAGCCGUCGGUCCUGGCGAAGGCUCGGGGAGCGGUAGUCAUUGAUCCCAGCAUUUUUAACAAUCCGGAACAUGCUUUGAGUGGGUUAGAAGAGUUUUCACAUAUGUGGAUAAUAUUCCAUUUUCACGCAACAGAAAGCAGCAAUGUGCCGGCAAAGGUGUCACCGCCGCGCCUGGGCGGCGAGCGGCGCGGGGUGUUCGCCACGCGUUCGCCGCACAGGCCCUGCCCCAUCGGACUCUCUCUCGUCAAGAUACAGAGCAUUGAGGGCAACCGAAUCUAUUUCUUUGGUGUGGACAUGGUGAACGGUACUCCAGUCCUCGACAUCAAACCAUACAUCCCGCAGUACGACUACCCCGUACCGGUGUUCGGAGACACUCCUAUGUCAUCACUGGUCCGGCCACCAACAGAAGGCACUAGCGAUGGGCUAGAUGUUGCCAACUUGCAACUUGAUGACAGCUAUGAUGUGAGAAGCCUCAGCCCUCGCCUAUCGAACCCGAUCGGCGACACGAGCCCCGGCCCGCCCCCCUCCACCCUCCCCGUGUCCCCCUCCCCCGACUCGCCCUCCUCCAUCGACCUGCUGGACGGCAGCCUGCGGUCUCCCAUCCGGCGACCAGAUACAGAACGCGGCGCUCCUGAUGGUCAAGAGCGCUUCACCCCCCCUCAGUCCGCCCAACUUGUCAACCUAAGCCACGACGGCAUCAGAGUAGCCCCCUGGAUAGCCAACCCGCCCACCCAAACGUACGACGUCCGAUUCACCGACGACGCGUUAACGCGACUAGUCGAACUUAUCGGCGAUAGAGCGCAAGCCUUCAAAAACAAUCUAAUCAGCUUACUUUCAGAAGACCCGAGGUCUAACUAUGUUAGGACCCGCUACCCGGACCAUGAAUAUAACUGCGUAUUGGAGGACUUAUCUAUUAGCUGCGUUUUUGAUGUCGCGUCUGCGGUGUGCACUAUUAUCGCUGUGAGGAACGCCGAUGACCUCCAGAAUUAGAUUUGCCUAAUGUUUUAAUAUCAAUAAUUUAUUUUAUGCAAGCACAAUUAUAAUUUGUUGGCACAAA